AUGCCGUGUCUCGAGAGAAUGCCUGGAGACUUCAGCGAGGGAAUAUACGGCAGGCGAAGGAGUGCUGAUCUAGGGGGCCUCCUCCUUGCGACAGGCAAUCCUGGGCAAGGCAAAGGCUGGUUGGGGUACGGGCAGGACGACGAAUAUCAAUCGACCCGAUAUGCAGAAUUGCUGAGUGAAAUGUUCGAGCAGACGAGCAACGCUGUUAACGAAAACGACCUUGAUUUUGUUCCUACGACUAUAACGAAGACUACCAGACGACGACUUAUUGAUGCUCUGGACGAUUGGCACUUUGAGCCUCACAAACUCCCCGACGAAGAGGCCAUUGCGUGCACGAUGAUAAUAUUCGAGACAUUGUACCGCAUACAGGGCAUGCAAGAAACCAUCGCCAUCUCUCUCAACCAAAUAUCCUCCUUCGUGUUCCAUCUUAGACGAAUAUACCGGUUGGAGAACACGUAUCACAACUUCCAACAUGCUCUAGAUGUUCUGCAAGCAGUUCACUGCUAUUUACGCUCAGCAGGCGUAGUGCCGCCGGUAUCUAUAUUGAACGGCGACGAUCGCAUCUGGAGGCCAGACAAAACGUGGGACAGCGGGCCUAUCGUCACGUCCUUAGGCCCCGUUGAGCUAUUUGUUGUUUACAUCGCCGCUAUCGGCCAUGACGUCGGACAUCCUGGAUUCACGAAUUUGUUCAUGAAGAACGCUCGAACCCCUUUGUCCUUGGUAUUCGACGACAAGUCAGCUCUAGAGCAGCUACACUACCAACUUCUAUUACGUGUAAUGCGCCAUCAUGGUCUCGGCGUACUUUUCGACAACACCACUCAUGGUAACCGUGCGAAGAAACUGCUUUGUGAGACCGUUCUUGCAACAGAUAUGGGUGUCCACGAUGAUUUUAUGCGUCGGAUGGAGGCGAUGGCUGCAGGAGAGGUUGGCCCGAUAUGCAACAGGCAAACCAUAACCUGUCAGGCCUUGCUGAAGUGCGCAGACAUCAGCAACCCUAGCCGGCCGUAUGAUGUAUCUCAACACUGGGCUUCUGCGCUAGCGCAAGAGUGGCUAUCUCAGACGAUUCUUGAAAAGCAUUACGAACUCCCAUGCACCAUCUUACCUGUUGCAAGCCGUCUAAGCGAGGCGAAGGGUCAAAUCUUUUUUAUCACCAAAUUUGCGAAACCAUUACUUGAUCUAACGGCGAAAGCCAUCCCUGAGAUGCGAUGCUACGCCGACCAAUGCCAGGAUAACCUGAACAGAUGGCAAGCACGAGCGCGUGAUCUCGAGAAUACCCAGACGCCCGCCAUAUACCCACCUCAUUCUCCUAAGCUCCCGCGGGAUUUCUCUAACGCCUUCCCACUUACGUUACCGACCCCAGUUUGGACGACCUAUACGAAUCCUAACCGCAGCGCGUGCUCUAGUUCUUCGUCAGACUCCAAGCAUAGUGAUAUGGUGCCCUCAGGGCCUUCGUCACCUACGGAGUCUGUUGCAUCGAGCUUCCUCUUCUCACCGCAAUCGGACGUCUCCUCAACAAAUAACCGGCCGCCGUCUAGCUGUGGAAGCAAUGCACCCCUUCCCUAUGUCAGCGACACGGGCGCAAUCUUCCGAGCAGUUUCGCAAGUAGCGAAAAGGAAGAGAAAGCUGUGUGAAAACCGGAACUCAUGGAGCCCCAAUCUUCCUUUCCCCAAGUGA